UCUUUUUUUGCUUGACCAUGAAUAUAGUUUAUUCAAUAAAUAAAAUAAUAAAUGAGGAAUAGUCUCCCGACAUUAAAGAAGGUUAAACGAAAGGAUAGCAUAGAAACCAUUGAAUAGAGCAUUGAACCACCCCCUCAUCCAUCGUCCAACCACCACAGCCGGCAGUCUCUACUAUCAGAACUGGUGGCUCUUGAGCUUCAGCAUGGACCAAAUCUACUCGUCUCUCCAGUAUUGGCUAGUGAACCACCCCAAAAUCCUCCAUUUCCAAUGGACGGAAGGUCAAACCCUCGGCUCCACCCCACUCUUCCUCGCUCUCACAGUCCUCUCUUACCUCACACUAACGCUCCUCCUCUCCCGAGCCCCGCUCCCUUCCCUUGGUCCCAACAUUCUCAAACCCAUCACAGCCCUUCAUUCCCUCAAUCUCUUCCUUAUUUCCCUCAUCAUGGCCGUUGGAUGCACCCUCUCCAUCAUAUCCCUUCCAUCUCCUUUAUCCCACAUCAUUUGCUUCCCCCCCAACACCCCUCCCACAGGUCCCUUUUUUUUCUGGGCCAACAUCUUCUAUCUCUCCAAGCUUCUCGAAUUCAUCGAUACCCUUCUGAUUAUCUUAAGUAAUUCUAAGCAAAGGCUGACAUUUCUCCACGUCUACCACCAUGGGACCGUUGUCGUUAUGUGCUACCUUUGGUUACGCACAUCCCAGUCGCUGUUCCCGGUAGCACUCGUCACCAAUGCCACCGUACAUUUAAUAAUGUACUUUUACUAUUUGUUGUGUGCAAUGGGGAUUCGUCCCAAGUGGAAGAGACUGGUUACAAAUUGCCAGAUUGUGCAGUUCAUGUUUAGCUUUAUGGUUUCUGUUAUGAUGCUGUACUACCAUUUUAGUGGAUUGGGUUGUUCAGGGAUGUUGGGUUGGUGCUUCAAUGCUGUUUUCAAUGCCUCUCUUUUGGCUCUUUUUCUUGAUUUCCAUGGCAAGAGUUAUGCUGCCAAACAGAAGAAGGUUGCUGUUGUUGUUGAUAAGGAUAAACGUUCAUGAUCCUGUAACGAUUGGUGAAUAAAUCAGAGAAAAAGCUUCACAUUUUCUCAAUAAAGUGUCAACUUGUUUUUUCAAUAAAGAAGCAUGUGAACUAUUGUAUAAUUGGAACAUUGUUAAUGAGCUCCAUUGCUUUCUCUAAAGUAUUUUUGAAUGAAAUUGCUUUUAGAUGCACCGUUUUUUAAGUAAAA